GAGAAGCCAGAAGCUGCCAGUCCCACAGAAGAGCACCAGCAGAGCAGGAACAAAAUGUUUCCCUCUGUCCGACUUUCCCUGAAGGCCUGAGAAAGGAUCACCCUUCUUGCCAAGAAUCCUCCCCAGCGGCUGCCCUUGGCCUUUUGAAGAACUCGAGCGAGCAGGGGAACAGAGACCCGGCUGCAGGCCAGGAGAGGCAGCUUUUCCUGCUCCCCAGUCCUCCUCCCUCCACUCCCUCCUCCUUCCUCCCUCCCUCCUUCCCCCACCUCUUCUCCAGCUUCCAGCUUGGGGCCCUCCCAGCAAAGGCAGACAUGCGGAGGAGCGAGCAAUCCACCACCUGCCUGGCGGAGACAACACAGAGCGAGCUGUCCGAGAGGCCCAUGGUCAGGUCCUCCUAUCUCAUGGAGCCGGGCACCCACGAUGGAGGCAACUGUGUUAUCGGCGACUUGAGGGUGUCUACUCCAGACUCGGGGGAUGGGAUCCCCUUGAGUCCUACCAGACCCAGCUGGGAAAUGAAUUACCAAGAGGCAGCAAUCUACCUCCAGGAAGGCGAGAAUAAUGACAAGUUCUUCACCCACCCCAAGAACGCCCAGGGCCUGGCUGCGUACCUCUUUGUCCACAACCACCUGUUCUACCUGAUGGAGCUGACCACGGCUUUGCUCCUGCUGCUGCUCUCCCUCUGCGAGGCUCCCGCUGUCCCCGCGCUCCGGCUCGGCAUUUAUGUGCACGCAACUCUGGAGCUCUUUGCCCUGAUGGUGGUGGUCUUUGAGCUGAGCAUGAAGAUGCGAUGGCUGGGCUUCCACACCUUCAUCCGGCAUAAACGCACCAUGGUCAAGACGGUCGUGCUCCUGGUCCAGUUUGUCGAAGCCAUCGUGGUUCUGGUUCGCCAGACGUCCCACGUGCGGGUGACGCGGGCCCUGCGCUGCAUCUUCUUGGUGGAUUGCCGAUACUGCGGUGCUGUCCGUCGCAACCUGCGGCAAAUCUUCCAGUCUCUCCCUCCCUUCAUCGACAUCCUGCUGCUGCUGCUCUUCUUCAUGGUGAUCUUUGCCAUCCUGGGAUUUUAUUUGUUCUCCCCAAAUCCCUCGGACCCGUACUUCAGCACCUUGGAGAACAGCAUCGUCAGCCUUUUCGUCCUGCUCACCACUGCCAACUUCCCGGAUGUCAUGAUGCCCUCGUACUCCCGGAGCCGCUGGUCCUGCAUCUUCUUCAUCGUGUACCUCUCCAUUGAGCUCUACUUCAUCAUGAACUUGCUCCUGGCCGUUGUGUUUGACACAUUCAACGAUAUUGAGAAGCGCAAAUUCAAGUCACUGUUGCUUCACAAGCGUACGGCCAUCCAGCACGCGUACGGCCUGCUCAUCAGCCAACGGAGGCCCUCGGGGAUCUCCUUCCGCCAGUUUGAAGGCCUGAUGCGGUUUUACAAGCCCCGGAUGGGAGCUCGGGAGCGCUAUCUCACCUUCAAAGCCCUCAAUCAAAGCAAUACGGCUCUGCUCAGCCUGAAGGAUUUUUACGGUAUCUAUGAAGUUGUUGCCUUAAAGUGGAAGGCAAAGCGCAAUAAAGAGCACUGGUUUGAUGAGCUUCCCCAUACUGCCUUCCUCAUUUUCAAAGGCAUUAAUAUCCUAGUGAAGUCCAGAGGCUUCCAGUAUUUCAUGUACCUGGUGGUGGCCAUCAAUGGGAUAUGGAUCCUUGUGGAAACGUUCAUGCUGAAAGGUGGAAACUUCUUCUCCAAAAACGUGCCCUGGAGUUACAUCAUCUUCCUCACUAUCUACGCGGCGGAACUGCUCUUGAAGACCACCGGCUUGGGGCCUGUGGAAUAUCUCACCUCGGGAUGGAACCUGUUUGACUUCUCUGUAACAGCGUUUGCCUUCCUGGGACUCCUGGCCUUGGCUUUCAACAUGGAGCCUUUCUAUUUCAUCGUGGUCCUACGCCCGCUCCAGCUCCUGAGGUUGUUUAAGCUGAAAAAGCGGUACAGGAAUGUGCUGGAUACCAUGUUUGAGCUGCUCCCCAGAAUGGCCAGUCUGGCCCUUACCCUGCUCAUUUUCUACUACUCCUUUGCCAUCGUGGGUAUGGAGUUCUUCUGCGGGAUCCUGUACCCCAACUGCUGCAACACCAGCACCGUGGCUGAUUCCUAUCGCUGGAUCAACCGGACAGUGGGCAACAAGACCAGCGUGGAUGCGGGCUAUUACUAUCUCAACAACUUCGACAACAUCCUGAACAGUUUCGUGACCUUGUUCGAGCUUACAGUGGUCAACAACUGGUACAUCAUCAUGGAAGGUGUCACUUCCCAGACUUCCCACUGGAGCCGCCUCUACUUCAUGAUAUUCUACAUCGUGACCAUGGUGGUGAUGACCAUCAUUGUGGCCUUCAUCCUGGACGCCUUCGUUUUCCGCAUGAACUACAGCCGGAAGAACCAGGACUCUGAAGUAGACGGCGGCAUCGUCCUCGAGAAGGACAUUUCCAAGGAGGAGCUGAUCGCAGUCUUGGAGUUCUACAGGCAGAGCCAGGGCUCGGGGGCCGAGGUCUCUCAGCUGCUGAAAACCCACUCGCAGAUGGACAAAAGCGGGCAAAACUCGGUGGUGUUUCUGGGAAGAAGGUCAAAGACUAAAAGUGACCUGAGCCUAAAGAUGUACCAGGAAGAGAUACAGGAAUGGUACGAGGAGCACGCCCGGGAACGAGAGCUGUGGCGCAGGCAGGAGGGGCCCGGCAGCGUCCUUGCCCCGUCCCCGCAGUGCCCGGGAGGCCGGCCGCGCUCCCAGACCGUCAUCUAGCCGGCCCUCGCUAACAAAAGCCAUGUCUUCUAUGCAAUAACCCGUAGUAUCAUUCUGCAGGAACGUCCCCAAGUGUGUACGUGAGCAAAGCGAGGUGAAGUUCUCCACCUCCUUGUGCUCCCCCGCCCGUUCGUCCUAACUCCACAAGUCGGUAGCUUUGGAAGGGUGGCCCAGCGUGGACCCCUCCUCCGAGGUGACCCCAAGCUGCAGAAUAACCCUUUCGUUAGAGGAUCCUUUGAAAAUGGGCCCCCAGCCCUUAGGGGGGCUGUGCCCUGAAGGGAUCGUCCCAGCGCGUACAGACUCAGGGCCUGAUCUGGCCCCCGCCAUCCGCCCCAAACCUACCUGCGUUUCUCUGUCUCAACUUAGGGACAAAACCACUGAAGAAGAGAAGUCGGGGCUCCGGGUUGGUGACCGUGCCCCGCCUUUGAACAGCAGGGUGCCCGGGGCGGCGUAUGAAGGGCAGGCAGAGAGGGCACUCCCCAGUGCUCAGGGAAAGGAACUCGAGGCUCUUCCCUAAAUGCUUUGGUUUCUGUCCUAAAGCUGAUACCCACCCGCUCACCAAGGGCAAUUCCAAAAGGCGAGCAGCCCCAAAGGCAGGAGCCCCGUUCCAUUUAGGCCUCCCACCUGCGCUCGAGGCGGCUUCCUCGCCUGGCUGGCGACAUGCUGGAGCCCACCCCUCGGACCAGGCCGUGCGAAACGGGGUCACACAUAUGGCCCUGGGGCGUCUCCCGGGAGCUGCUUUUUCCACAUGUUCCCCAAGUUCAAACCUGUGGCCUUGUAACUGGACUUUGGCCCGCCAAAGUCGCGUAUGGAAAAGGAGCUUACCUUACUUAUGAGUUCUGCUUGGUCACGAUCUGGCUAACAGAAGUCUGACUGUGUUUUCAUUAAUAAUGAAUUAUUUUAAUUAUAAAAUUAUGUUAACAUGUAUAUAUCUCUAUACAUAUGUAUCAUAUUCUCCUUGGAGAAGGGCAUACAGCCAGAAAGUUUGCACUGACUGCCCCAUGGGCGAGUUGACAUAGGGGACUCUCAACCUUCUCUCUCCUGCCCUGGAGGCCUUAUGCCCGCGUGCGGUAGGAGCAAAGGGGACCCAGGAAGGAUGUGGCUGCCUAAGUCCCUCCUUCGGCUCUGGGCCAUCACCCUUCUUCCCGCCUUGGGGUUGGAGGCAGCCAGGGAAAAUCAGAACCAUAGCAACAAGAUGGGAGAGACCUUCCUCAGAGUUCACUUGGUCCUGCCAGUGCUUAGAUCCCAAACGGCCCCCGUUCCUGGGGUCCUGAGGCUGUCUCGGAGCCCUCCUAUGUGGCCAUAGCAGGAUGCUCCCAAAGCCAGAUCAUCCAGCCCGAGUGCUCUUGCUGGGCCCUGCCUGGGGGCAGUGUGAGACUCUUUGGAGUCUGCCUUUGGUCUCCUGCUUCCAGGAACCAGCUUAUCCACUUGGGCCUGGGAGCAAGGGUCAGGGGGGGCACUCCCUGGCAGAGGAAGAAGGAAAAGCAAAGCCCUGAAAAAGAUCAGUGUAGAAAGCAGUAGCUGCUCUGGGCGUUUCGAACCCCAGGCUUCUCACCGUCACCCCUGCCUAAUUGGAUGUGAAGAGGGCGAGCCCUUUUCUUCCUCUGUGGAGUCUUCAUCUCAUCCCCAGGGAGCAAGCAGACAGCUUGGGGGGCUAAGCCAGGUCCCUCCCCAUCCCACCAUCCUCUGGCCUCCCUCUGGUAACAUGAGAAGGAAGUGUAGGUUGGUCUGGAUUUUUUUUUCUUUAACAAAAUUCUCUCCCUUGAAUAUGGGAAUGAAUGGGAAAGGCUGUUGAGUCCUGCAGAGGAGUCGGGACCCAGGAGAUCAGAGUGGCUUGGUUCUCCCCUGGCUGUCUCCUUCGGUGCUUAUUCUUGCUCUCAGUGAAGAGAUCCUUCCUAGCCAGCCUAGGAAGUCAGCCAUCUCACCCCAAAGGCCUCCCCCCCCCCCCCCAAAGAAACCGAAGUUUGCACAGUGGGUAGCUGGGGCCUUUUGUGGAAAGCCUAAAACAAAGCUGGAGACCAUUAAUGGUCUUUGCGACAAGUCCUCCCAAGCCAGACUCCAGCCAGUGGAAAUCUAAUGCAUCCCUGUCCCUCCUCCCAAGGACAAGGCGUAGAGCUUAGGGCCCGUCUCACCUCUGGGUCUUUAGGGCAGCCCAGAAGACAGGGAGCAGUUUGGAUCCGGCAGGACUCCAGAAGCAGCUGGAGCCAAACCGGAACUGGGGAAAGGCCAGUGAUUGUGCCCCACAGAAAGGGGCGGAACUGCCUCGUUUUACCAGUUCGGUCAUUGGGCACAAUCGGCUCGGAUGAUCAAUUUCAGUUAGUUGUCCCAGGUCAAGGCAGGGAUUGAAGUAGGUUUAGUUUCAGAGCUCGUUCUGUAACUGUGGAGGUGGCUAACUUGGCCAAGAGCUCACAGCACACUUGCGGCAGGGCCUAGACGGUCGUCCCUGGCCCGCCUCGCACAGCACACACACUUGGAGAGAAUACCUUUGGGGUAAAGGUUUCUGCUCCUGUCCUCCCUUGAUCCCCCCCUUCCCUUUGCCCCCAGCCUUACUCAAAAUCACUGAGACAAUCAUUUUGUAUGGACAAGAGAAGCGCCGUGAGGUUUUGUACAUUGGCAAUUUGUUACCUAAAUAACCUGUUAGUAUGAGGGUCUCUAGAACUUAGGCACAUUAAUAAAAGGAUAUUCUGCUUUGUAAA